CAGUCCUGUAAAAGAAAUGCAGUAGAAAUUCGGACUUCUUACCGAACAGAACACAAGUGUCGUGUCAUCAAAAAAAAACUAAAUACAUAACUUCGACAAAAUGCGCUUUUGCAUUCUAUUCGCACUUAUCGUUGCGAUUUGCGCGGAAGCUGAUAAUGCGUCUGAGCAAUCGGCGGUACCCACUCAAGAGCAAAGUGCUGGCCCUGACGUGCAGCCCAACAGCUUGCUGGAAGAUGUGGAUGCCGGCGGUGAGCAUGCGGAAGAGGCCGAGCGUGCAGCGCGUAGUUUCGGCUGGGGCGGUUACGGUGGAUAUGGUGGCUUUGGCGGUUUCGGCGGCUACGGCUACAAGCGUUGGGGUGGCUAUGGCGGCUACGGGGGCCACAGAGGCUAUGGUGGUUAUGGUGGUUACGGUUACCGCCCGCACUAUGCUGUUGUUUAUCGGCAGCCUUAUUACCAUGGUUAUGGCCACAAAUAUUGGGGUUGAGUGCGGACUUGCAAAAAUAUUAAAAUGUGAUUUAAUACGAUUAUAGAAUCUACUAAGAAGAAAAUAAAAUAAUUUUAAAUAACAACUCA